GUCCUCUUUAUUAUUUUCACCAACUCAACGCUUUAGAGAGAUAGAGGGACAGGACUUCAGAGUUCGAGUUCUCUAUUAUCAGGGAUAGAUGGAUAGAUAGUGGGAUCUGAAUCAUCGAAAGUCAAAUUCAUAGUGGGAUCUAAAAUCUAUAUUGUGCUUGCCAGCUUCAUCUUGCUGAAUGGAAAUAAUAAACAUGAACCCCCGGACAUUCACUCUACUAGUGACAGGAUCCUGUGUGAUGCUGUCAGUCCAUUUUACAAUACGGUUGCUAUCACAGCAUCUUUUCCAUUGGAAGAACCCCAAAGAACAGAAGGCCAUUCUGGUCAUCAUACUUAUGGCCCCUUUAUAUGCCAUUGUCUCCUUUGUUGGUCUGUUGGAUAUUCAGGGCAGUGAAGCCUUUUUCACAUUCUUGGAGUCUGUCAAGGAAUGCUAUGAGGCCUUAGUGAUUGCCAAGUUCUUGGCCUUGAUGUAUAGUUACUUGAAUAUCUCUAUCAGUAAGAACAUAGUUCCUGAUGAAAUUAAAGGAAGGGAAAUUCAUCAUUCUUUCCCUAUGACUCUCUUUCAGCCCCACUCUGUGAGAUUAAAUCAUCAUACUUUGAAGCUCCUUAAGUAUUGGACAUGGCAAUUUGUCAUAAUUCGCCCAGUUUGUUCUGUCCUGAUGAUUGUUCUUGAACUUCUUGGAUGGUACACAAGUUGGAUCAGUUGGACGUUCACCAUUAUACUAAACAUCUCCGUUUCCUUGGCAUUGUACGCCUUGGUCAUCUUCUACCAUGUAUUUGCGAAAGAGUUGGAGCCGCAUAAACCUUUGGCGAAGUUCCUAUGCAUCAAAGGGAUUGUCUUUUUCUGCUUUUGGCAGGGUUUGGCAUUAGAAGGCUUAACAGCAGCAGGAGUCAUUCGCUCUCACCAUUUCUGGUUAGACGUGGAGCAUAUUCAGGAGGCUCUGCAGAAUGUCAUGGUUAUUCUGGAGAUGGUCGUUUUCUCUAUCGUUCAGCGUUAUGCGUACUCUGCCAUCCCAUACACUGGAGCCAGCGUAGACAAGCCCAAACAUGAAUAAAAGAAAAAAUAUGUGAUUUGCAGUUGUUUUAGAAUAAAUUUGAUGCAUUGGAAGUAAAUCCACCGACUUUUUACUGCUUAUCAUUGUCAUCACAUUGCAGUGUGCUCUAUCUACAUCUUAAACAAUGGCUACUGCCUACUGGCAUCAUGAAUGGAUGGAUAUAUUAUGCUAUUA